CCGUUCGCCGCUUCCCCUCGUCGGAGCGGCCGCGGGGAGCGCGGCGCAGUCCGUCGGCCCGCGGGGGGGCGGCCUGCGGCGUCUUCGCGGCGACCAAGGGCGACCGGGAAGGGGAGCGGCCGGGAUGGCGCGUCCGCGGCCCCGCGAGUACAAGGCGGGCGACCUGGUGUUCGCCAAGAUGAAGGGCUACCCGCACUGGCCGGCCCGGAUUGAUGAACUCCCCGAGGGAGCGGUGAAGCCUCCAGCAAACAAGUACCCUAUCUUCUUUUUUGGCACCCAUGAAACUGCAUUUCUAGGUCCCAAAGACCUUUUCCCAUAUAAGGAAUAUAAAGACAAGUUUGGGAAGUCAAACAAACGGAAAGGAUUUAAUGAAGGAUUGUGGGAAAUAGAAAAUAACCCAGGAGUCAAGUUCACUGGAUACCAGGCAAUCCAGCAGCAGAGCUCUUCGGAGACCGAGGGCGAAGGUGGGAACACCGCCGAUGCGAGCAGCGAGGAGGAGGGCGACAGAGUCGAAGAAGAUGGAAAGGGCAAAAGGAAGAAUGAGAAAGCGGGCUCGAAGCGGAGGAAGUCCUACACGGCAAAGAAACCCUCUAAACAGUCCCGGAAAUCCCCAGGAGAUGAAGACGACAAGGACUGCAAAGAAGAGGAGAACAAAAGCGGCUCGGAGGGCGGUGACGCCGGCAAUGACACGAGAAACACAGCUUCAGACUCUCAGAAAGCCAGCGAAGGGACCUAACCACCGUGAUGAGUGCUGCCUCUGCAGAGAAACCACAGAAAGGUUGUGCGUUUGGUUGUCUCAGAUUCUCGGAUUUGACGUGAACCAACACAGUCCUUGUUGUCACUGACAGAACCCCAGUUUGUAUGUACUUGAUUCACAUUCCUCUCCGUUGUGUUCAGAGAAAGAAAAAAGAGACAUUUUAGCCUUUUUUAAGGUCAUUGAUUUAAUUUCUUGUUAUUUGGUUGCAUGGAGUUGCCCUUAACCACUAAGGAUUAUCAAGAUUUUUGCACAAACUUAUACAUGUCUAGGAUCCUGUUAUCAAGGCAGUUGUGUCCUUAAUUCUCCUGCCUUUACUCCGCCUCCACCAAACACUCAGUUAAAUAUAAAUUCGCAUUUUAAAAAAAAUAACCACUCAAGAUGAUGUGUAUUUCCUCUCUGUGACAGGACCCAGGAACCAAUCCCUAGAUACGUGAUGUUGGCAUAUUGAAGAUGAAAUUAAAGUUGUUCUUCAUUUUUGAGACCAUGUGUAAAGUUUAAUCCUAUUGUAAAAUAUCUAUUCCGUAUUAGAACUAGCCAGUUGACAGCUUAUACUUCUCAAAACUCAUGUUGCUAUGUAUACAAACCCAGUUUCUGUAUGUGAGGUCAGUGAGUCUUUUUGUGUUACUCCAAAAUAAAGGCAGCAGUUUAUUUUUCCCACUGCCAGUACAGUUUGAGCGAAUCACUCAAGGUGGGUGCUCGACAUUUUAAAGCUGGACAUCAGCCCUAUGGGAAACCAGACAGCAUUGACUUAAAUCCAGGCUUUUAAGAGGAACUUGUUUUCUUUCGGAACUAGAAUUAGAAUAGUUCAUAUCCAUCCACAAACCAUUAUUAUGUGUACAUUCUUGUUGCUAUUGUGAUAAUAGAGAAUUUUAUUUAUUUUUAUGCCAGCUUCUAUUGUGAGAACACAUUUAGUCAGUUUGAGUUUCCUCAAUCCUGUUAUGCUUGUCCUUGGAACACAUUUCGCGUACUCGAAGUUUGUAGUUGAAAAGUUUACUGUAAAAAAAAAUCAAAAACAAAAAAUGUAUUGUUUUUACAGAAUAAAUUUAUUGGAAUGUG